UUUGAACACCCAUUCUUACUUCUAGAAACUUCUAUCAGCGGCUAUAAAGAGCAGCGGCAGCAGAGGAGGGCUCUGCACAAUCCACAGGACACCACAGAGAGGAGAAGCACUGCAAAUCUGAGCAAGAAUGAAAAUCACAGACAUCAAAAGAGCUGAAGGCUUUAGCAGACAAACAGGAUGUGGCUGAGCAACGUGGUAGUCGCGCUUUGCCUGCUGGCCCUGGUGGCCUGUGCAGAGGACAAGAAGCUGAGCAGCCACGCUUCCACACUGGCUGACACCAGCGCCAACCUGGCCUUUAGCCUCUAUCACAACAUGGCCAAGGCCAAAGACACCGAGAACAUCCUCAUCUCGCCCGUGGUGGUGGCCUCCUCGCUGGGCAUGGUGGCCCUCGGGGGUAAAUCGUCCACCGCCUCGCAGGUCAAGACGUUGCUGCACGCCGACAAACUCAAGGACGAGCAUUUGCACGCCGGCCUGUCAGAGCUGCUCUCACAGGUGAGCGAUGCCAAAACGCGCAACACCACCUGGAAGAUCAACAACCGCCUGUACGGGCCCAGCUCGGUGGUCUUCACUGACGACUUUGUGAAGACUAGCAAGAAGCACUACAACUACGACCACUCCAAGAUCAACUUCCGGGACAAGAAGAGCGCGGUCAACUCCAUCAACGAUUGGGCGGCCAAGUCCACCGAUGGCAAGCUGCCAGAGGUCACCAAAGACGUGCAGAACGCCGACGGGGCUGUGAUCGUCAACGCUAUGUUCUUCAAACCUCACUGGGAUGAAAAAUUCCAUGAACAAAUGGUGGACAACCGUGGCUUCCUGGUGACCCGCUCUUUCACGGUCAGCAUUCCCAUGAUGCACCGCACAGGCCUGUACGACUUCUACGAGGACAAGGAGAACAAUCUGUACGUGCUGGACAUGCCUCUGGGCAAGAAGCAGGCCUCCAUGAUCCUCAUCAUGCCCUACCACCUGGAGCCCCUGGAGCGCCUGGAAAAGCUGCUGACCAGGCAGCAGGUGGACACUUGGAUUAGCAAGAUGGAGAACAGGGCCGUGGCCAUCUCGCUGCCCAAGGUCUCUGUGGAAGUCAGCCACAACCUGCAGAAACAUCUGGCCGAGCUCGGCCUGACGGAGGCGGUGGACAAAGCCAAGGCCGACCUGUCCAACAUCUCUGGUAAGAAAGACCUGUACCUCUCCAACGUCUUCCACGCCUCUGCCCUGGAGCUCAACACCGAAGGCAACCCGUUCGACACCAACAUCUUCGGCAGCGGGCGCCUGAAGGACCCAAAGCUUUUCUACGUGGACCACCCUUUCAUUUUCCUGGUGAAGGACCACAAGACCAACUCUGUCCUGUACCUGGGCAGAGUGGUUCGGCCCAAGGGGGACAAGAUGCGCGAUGAGCUAUAAUGUUAACUUUUAACUACUUCGGGUUUUUUUUUAGAGCAUUACCUCAGGAACACAUUCCUUGAAGGCAAACUGUGGAUUUGAUAACUGAACUUAUUCCUCGUAAAGUUCCCCUUGGAUUGAAUGCUGAAAUAACUCUUAGCAUGCUAAUUGUUUUAGGUAAUUUAGCAGCCGUUUACCCCAGAGUAUCCUAGAGUCAUAUAACAAAAGUUAAAGUACCACUGAUAGUCACACACACAUACACACACUAGGUGUUGAGAAUUUACUCUCUGCGUUUGACCUAUCCCCUUGUUCCACCCCCUGGGAGGUGAGGAGAGCAGUGAGCAGCAGAGGUGGCCGCGCUCGGGAAUAAUUUUUUGUGAUUUAACCCUCAAUCCCAACCCUUGAUGCUGAGUGCCAAGCAGGGAGGUAAUGGGUCCCAUUUUUAUAGUCCUUGGUAUGACUCGGCCGGGGAUUGAACUCACAACCUACCGAUCUCAGGGCGCUGUAACCUUAAGGCCACUGAGAAGGUAUAACUGGGUAUGUGACGCAUGCUAAUUAUUAGCAUGCUCAUUUUUUAAGGUAAUUUUGCAACAGUUUACACCAGAGUCAUAUAACUGGGUAUGUGACACAUGCUAAUUGUUAGCAUGCUAGCAUGCUAAUGUUAACAGGCUAAAUUUUUUAGCAAAUUUUGCAACAGUUUACCCCAGAGUCAUAUACUUUGGUAUGUGACAUUUGCAAACUGUUAGCAUGCCAACUUUUUUAGCUCAUUUCACAACCGUUUACCCCAGAGUCCUAUACCUUGGUAUGAGACACAUGCUAAGUGUAGUUAUGCCAAUGUUAAGCCAGUUAGUUAGUUUGACUCACAUGUGUCCUUCCGGAUUUUUUGUAUUAAGUAUGACAUUCCAACAUUUUACUGUCGGUAUAGGCCAGGCUACCCUUUAAUGUUUAAAAACGAGUAGAUCUCUGCAGAGGCUUGUUUGACUUCUAAAUCCACUCCUUAUUUGUCUUUCUGCCUGCACUGAAUUGUACCAAAUUCAACUUGCUGAGGAAACGUAGUUUAAUUUGUGCUGACCCACAAAAAAUUGCUGUUGGAAUUGUGUGAUUAAGAACAAAAAUGUCAUCCUUUUUUUUUAAAUAAAAAGUGGAAAAAAAAAAAAAA